UUUUUUUUUAGAGACAGCUGCUGGGUAGCACCAUGGAAGUGAUUUUAAAUGCUUUAGUGUUCCAGCAAUGGAUCAGCUUUGGCAAUUAAGAGAGAAAGCCCAGAAAAAGCACUGGAAAAGAUAAACCAGGAUGGUAACACACUGUUCGUAACCAGCUCCAGUUCGUCAAAGGCUACUAAGCUCAGUGACUUCUCCUGAACAUUGACAACCAUUCUUCAGCCAUGGCUAACAUAACCAAUGCGCUUUGCAUUGAAAACGGACUGAAUGCAGAUGUGUCUCUCUUACAAAAGGAUAUUCUUCAGGACGGUGGAUUAAGCCAGCUUUUGGAUUAUAACGCAGAAAUGGAAAGGUACAGGUCUUUUGCAAACUUUUAUAAAGCCAAUGGGGCAUUUCCACAGACUGCUAAGAUUGCCCGCAUCACAACGCCAAUUUUUCCCAGUGCUAGAAUUGGCAUGUCCCCUUGGAACUGCGAUAACGCCAUGCUCUGGGGAAGGAAAUCAGCGGCAAUAAACCCUAAUAGGACCAGCAUGCAUAGAAAUGACUCCCAGAGGCCGGGGAAGCCUGGCGUGCUGCCAGAGACGCUGCAAAUGGCAAAUAAUAAUUUCCUCUCUACCUUAUCCCCCGAACACUGCAGACCUUUAGCAGGAGAAUGCAUGAACAAGCUGAAAUGCGGCGCUGCUGAAGCAGAGAUAAUGAAUCUCCAAGAACGCGUUGGAACUUUUUCCGCUAUCCCGGCUUUAGGGGGCAUCUCAUUACCUCCCGGGGUCAUCGUCAUGACAGCCCUUCACUCCCCCGCAGCCUCAGCAGCCGUUACAGACAGUGCGUUUCAAAUUGCCAAUCUGGCAGACUGCCCACAGAAUAAUUCCUCGGUAUCCAGUGGAAACCCAGCGAAGAAGAAAAGGAAAAGGUGUGGGGUCUGUGCACCCUGCAGGCGGCUAAUCAACUGUGGUGUCUGCAGCAGUUGUCGGAACCGCAAAACGGGCCACCAGAUCUGCAAAUUUAGGAAAUGCGAGGAGCUGAAGAAGAAGCCAGGCUCGUCGCUGGAGAGGACGCCGGUCAAUACCGGGGAAGCUUUUCGGUGGUUCUUUUAGAGUGGCGAGCCAUGGCUGCCCCAUCCAGCUGCAGGAGGGCAGGUGGGACUCUUGACUCUCUGCCAGGAGCACUUGAUGGGUUCACAGAACCCAACGCGCCCAACACAUUUGGGGAGGACGAGAAAAGAAAAGUGG